AUGGCUCAAAUCGCCAGUUCACGCGUUUGCGACACGCAGGGCGGCUUGGUUUUCUUCAAAUUUCCGAAUGAGUUGCGCAACUUGAUCUACAAAUACUAUCUUCAGCUUGACGAAGGAUACAAGCUUAAUCCGCACACCAACAAGCUGCGAACCGGCAACGACAAGCCUAUCUCUCUCGACUUGUUGUACACCUGCAAGCGCGCUGCCUUGGAGAUGCGAGGUCUUGAUCCCAGCUUCUUCCCCCGUCAAGUGGUUAAAGAAGUUUUAGACGCGUAUCCAGCUUUCGCCCCCAUUUUAGACGCGAUGAAGGGAGAAGAGUGGCACAGUUUGGAUAUUCAUCCUCCUUACGGCAAGACUCCGUCGACUUUUCGCAACUUUGUCCGUUUCACUCUAAAUACGAUCAAAUCCCACCGAUGCCUCUUUGAGAAUCGCAAAUAUGAACAGAUCAUCGAUCGGCGUCGGCAGUGUCUUGAGAAUGGACGUUAUCUCGAGCGGGGAAAUAUUCCGCUGAGCCAACUGUUUGGGCUCAGACCCCAGAACUGGACAAUUCCCACCCAAAAAGAUGUCAAUGACAUGACUAUCCUCUCUGACGGGCUCGAGACUUGCACCGUAUUUUGCGACGAUCUUUACGAUAAGCGCGAGCCGCCCGUGGAUCUGACCAGAUUUUGUUACUCAGCAGUUGUCGGCGCUAUUCAGUUUCUAGAUUCGAUGCUCCCAUCGUCUCGCGCCGAUGUUCGCCGCAUCAACCUCAUAGAAGAUCGACCGUCACUAUCUUACCCGGAAAGCCACGGUUUGGGGUUGAUACGGUUCUGCCAAGAGAAUCCGCUAUUACGCAUCGAGCGUCACGUCGGCUUAUGGGAUACUAUAUUCCAGGGCGAUCCCAUGAGUAUGGAACCUGGAGAGGAGGAGCUGCCCCGGAGGGAGAAGAUGACAGACGAGAUAUCUUAUUCUAUAGCCACCUGGAUGGUAGAGGCCUUGGCUUUACCUGCAGCUGGGAUGCCUCAGGAUGCGUUCAAGUUGAUGUUCGUUGGAGAUUCAGAGGGAGACUGGGAGUGUGAGCAAAUCUUCCGCAAGAUCGUCCUACGAGACGCCGCGUGGCAGGAGGCAAGGGACGAAUGUUUCAAACGAGGUAUUCUACCACCGCUCUCUUGGGCGGAGAGGAGGGCUGGAGCCUGGGGAGGGUCUUACGAUGAUGAUGCAUUCACAGGCUCGAACCCCCUUUGUCGUUGCUUUCUCUUCGAAGACUUUCCGCGGGCGGUGCAUGAACUUCUCAAUGGAAGUUCGCUCAUCACCUGCAACUUCAAUCCAGGCGAAGCUUGGAAUCUCGAGAAGAUCAUUGAAAAACGGCGAUCGUGGUCUUUACGCAAGUGGAACCGCAAAUGGUCGCGUGGGAACCAGUCGUACAGAAGAGGCCUCGGCCCUCACGACGCCUCAAAUUGA